AUGCCCGCCGGCAAGACCUCAUCCCCGCCACCUUCCAGGCCCAGGACCAUAGAAAUCGUCACGCGCGGCGUCAAGAAGCCAAGCCCCAUAGCCACAACAACCCUGAUCGGCCUGCGCGCCCUCGACCCUUUUCUCCAGUACCAGAUCCUCGCCCAUGGCCUCGGCGCGGGCAUCCUGGCCAGGCUGGGGCUCUCGACCAUCCCGCUGAGCGCUACAAUCAUCACUGGUACGGGUAUCAGGCUCAUUGACCGGCUUGGCCUGCCUCUCGAACGCCUCAUCCUCCUAGGGAUGGCCGUCGGAUCAGCAGCUGAGCAGAUCAUGUGGGCGACCUAUCUGUCGCAGGAGCAGCUGCCCAUGGAAUCUGCAUUUCUCGUCUCGGCCUGCAAUACCUUUUGCAACAGCAUCAACUCCCUCCUGCUCAUCGCGUCUGCAACCUCUGCAGCGCUGUCGACUUGGCCGUUCACCAUAUCCCUGGUUGGUGGGAGGCGCCGCACGAGGAUCUCACUCCCUGUCGCUGCCGGCGCGCUGCUAUACGUAGCUGGCAUGGCUCUGGAGAAGGUCGCAGAGUUCCAGCGCAAACAAUUCAAAGACAGAGCCGAGAAUAAGGGUAGGCUAUGCCGCGAGGGCCUAUGGGCCUGGGCAAGACAUAUCAACUACGGCGGGCACACGCUGUGGAGGGCAGGCUAUGCGCUUGCUGCUGGUGGCUGGAUCGCGGGUGCGGCAGCUGCCUCGCUUCAGGCCUGGUUCUUUGCGCGGAACGGGAUGGUUUCCCUCGACUAUUAUAUGUCGCGGAGGUAUAAAGACCAGUGGGGUCGAUACAAGGAGGAUGUGCCGUGGAGGCUUCUCCCUGGCGUGUUCUGAUCACAAAAAGAAGAGAAUAGAACCAAGGCUGCGUGCGGUGUAGGGAAGAAAAUGUCUGGCCUGGAAUAUCCACGAAAUUGCAUUAUUGGCCUGCUGCAGCAGACGUGAGGCAGAAGGAUAAAUAUAGCCACCGCGUAUCUGAAGUGUUGCGCUGUAAGAGAGUCACAAUAUAAAAAAAGAAGAAGAACU